UUGAACGAAAAUCGACUUUCAUAUCCCUACAACAGGCGAACAGACGUCAAAACCAGAAGACAGCAGACAUCGCCAGGUGAAAGUUUGUGUCGUCGGAUUAGAGAAGUCUUGGAAUAAAAGCGAUACUAAUAUUGAAGAGAUUUAUCAUGGCCGGUCCAAAUCCAUUUGCGCACUUUCAAAAAUCUUUUCAAAAGGAAGAAGUCAACUACAAGUAUUUUGAUUUGGCCUCAAUAGAUCCUAAAUAUGAUCAACUGCCCUAUUCCAUUCGCGUGCUGCUAGAGUCUGCUGUCCGUAAUUGCGAUAAUUUCCACGUUUUGGAAAAAGACGUUCAAAGUAUUUUGGCCUGGACACCUGAUUUGAAACAAGGACAAAACGAUGUUGAGGUUUCUUUUAAACCCGCUCGCGUUAUCCUACAAGAUUUCACUGGCGUGCCUGCUGUCGUCGAUUUUGCUGCUAUGCGUGAUGCUGUCUGCGAACUGAAUGGCGAUCCAGAGAAGAUCAAUCCCAUUUGUCCCGCCGAUUUGGUUAUUGAUCAUUCAGUUCAAGUUGACUUUGCUCGUACAUCAGAUGCCUUGUCAAAAAAUCAAAAUUUGGAGUUUGAACGCAACAAGGAGCGUUUUACUUUCCUCAAGUGGGGAGCCCGUGCCUUCAACAACAUGUUGAUCGUUCCACCCGGUUCCGGCAUUGUCCAUCAAGUCAAUUUGGAAUAUUUGGCUCGCGUCGUCUUCGAAGCCGACACUGAAGGUGGUAAAAUGUUAUAUCCCGACAGUGUAGUAGGUACAGACUCCCACACCACAAUGAUCAAUGGUUUGGGUGUUCUUGGUUGGGGUGUUGGAGGCAUUGAAGCUGAAGCUGUUAUGUUGGGACAAUCCAUUUCUAUGUUAUUGCCCGAAGUUAUUGGCUACAAGUUGGUUGGCAAAUUGGGUCCUCUUGUUACUUCCACUGAUUUGGUAUUGACAAUUACAAAACAUUUGCGCCAGUUAGGUGUGGUUGGAAAGUUCGUGGAAUUCUAUGGUCCUGGUGUGGCUGAAUUAAGCAUUGCUGAUCGUGCUACCAUCAGUAACAUGUGUCCCGAAUACGGUGCCACUGUUGGCUACUUCCCCAUCGAUGAAAAUACCUUGAACUACAUGAAACAAACUAAUCGUUCUGAAAAGAAAAUUGAAAUUAUCAGACAAUAUUUGCAAGCAACCCGCCAAUUGCGCAACUAUUCCGAUGAGUCGCAAGAUCCCAGAUUUACUCAAACUGUUACCUUGGAUUUGUCAACUGUUGUAACAUCUGUGUCUGGACCCAAGCGUCCCCACGAUCGUGUCUCCGUUUCGGAAAUGAAGAAGGACUUCCAGUCCUGCCUGGUUAAUCCCGUCGGUUUCAAAGGUUUUGCAAUUCCCGCCGAUGCCAUGGAAAAUUCCGGAGAAUUCCAAUGGGAUGAUGGCAAAAAGUAUACCAUUAAACAUGGUUCCGUUGUCAUAGCCGCCAUUACCAGUUGUACCAAUACGUCAAAUCCCUCCGUUAUGUUGGGUGCUGGUAUGUUGGCUAAGAAGGCCGUCGAAAAGGGUCUUAGCAUUAUGCCAUACAUCAAGACGUCCUUGUCCCCUGGUUCCGGAGUGGUCACCUACUAUUUGAAGGAAUCCGGUGUCAUUCCCUAUUUGGAGAAAUUGGGCUUCAACAUUGUUGGUUACGGCUGUAUGACUUGUAUUGGCAACUCUGGUCCUUUGGAUGAAAAUGUUGUAAAUACGAUCGAAAAGAAUAACUUGGUUUGCUGCGGUGUCUUGUCGGGCAACAGAAACUUUGAAGGACGUAUUCACCCCAAUACCAGAGCUAAUUAUUUGGCAAGUCCUCUGUUGGUAAUCGCUUAUGCCAUUGCUGGCCGUGUGGACAUUGAUUUUGAGACUGAACCCUUGGGCACUGAUGCCAAUGGACAAAAUGUCUUCUUAAGGGAUAUUUGGCCCACUCGCUCCGAAAUCCAAGAAGUUGAAAACAAGCAUGUCAUCCCAGCCAUGUUCCAGGAGGUUUACAGCAAAAUUGAAUUGGGCUCGGAAGAUUGGCAGACUUUGCAAGUGUCCGAUGCCAAACUAUAUCCAUGGAAUGGUGAAUCUACCUACAUUAAGCGCCCACCCUUCUUCGAGGGCAUGACUCGUGAAUUGCCCAAAUUUGAUAGCAUCAAGGACGCCCGCUGUCUGCUAUUCUUGGGCGACAGUGUCACCACCGAUCACAUUUCACCCGCCGGCUCAAUUGCACGCAACUCACCAGCUGCUCGCUACCUAUCCGAACGUAAAUUGACACCCAAAGAUUUCAAUUCUUAUGGUUCAAGACGUGGCAAUGAUGCUAUUAUGGCACGUGGUACUUUUGCCAAUAUACGUCUGGUCAAUAAAUUGGUUCCGAAGACCGGACCUCGCACCGUUCACAUUCCCAGUCAAGAAGAGAUGGAUAUUUUCGAUUGUGCCGAACGUUAUCGCGAAGAAGGCACCCCAUUGGUUUUGGUUGUUGGCAAGGAUUACGGCAGCGGUUCCAGUCGCGAUUGGGCUGCUAAGGGACCCUUCCUUUUGGGCAUCAAAGCUGUUAUUGCUGAAAGUUAUGAGCGCAUCCAUCGUUCCAAUUUGGUGGGCAUGGGUAUUAUCCCACUUCAGUUCCUACCCGGCCAAAAUGCCGAAACUCUUAAUCUGACUGGUCGUGAAAAGUAUAAUAUUAGCAUUCCUACAGAAAAUAUUAAACCCGGUCAGAAGAUUCAGGUUGAUGCUGAUGGUAUUACUUUCGAGACUAUUCUCCGUUUCGACACUGAAGUUGAUAUUGAGUACUUCAAGAACGGUGGUAUCCUGAACUAUAUGAUUCGCAAAAUGUUGAAUUAAUACUGUACUACAUGAUCGUACGUAUGGUACGGGAAUUAUUUUAUAGGAAACACAAUAUAAUAACUUUUAUAUGCAUUUUUGUCAAUAUAUUGAAUAUAAAUAAAAUUAAGCUUGCGGUGAUGAAUAUGGUUUAACCAAUUUAUACAAAAA